AUGGCUUAUUUCCCAAUUAUUUCUGCAUAUUUCCGCACUCUUAUUUUACUAAUUAUAUUCUUUGCUACAAAUUAUCAUUCAGUGUUUUCUGAGGAACAAUUUUCAACAGUACGAGUGAGAAUUGCCAAAGAAGCAUUUCAAUUUUUUAGCAAAAUUGCACAUUAUAUUGUUGAUGAGGAAAUAUGGAAGCUAACAUUUCCAGAAAUAACAAUUCCAAUCGAAGAUGGACCUGGCAUUGGUGAAGUAAAUGUAACUGAACUUACAUUACAAGCAUUUAAAUCACCAACUUUUUCAUUUGAAUUAGCUUCACCAAAUGGUAUCAUUUGGAAAUCUAAAGGUGGAUCAACAAAACAGGAGGCUGUCUGGCUUGCUUAUUACAAUUUCAUCGUUCCAGUUUAUCUCUCGGGAUAUGUUAAUGCAAAAAUGAGUGAUAUCCGUGUUUAUAUGCAAACAAAUUUAUUUGUUCAAAAUGAGCGUCCACAGAUUGAGAUCAGUGCUUGUUCCACGGACGUUCACCAAGUUUACGUAUAUAUUACGGGAGGUGUUGUGCAAUGGAUCGUCAAUUUAUUUCGAUCACAAUUAGCUUCUGCAAUUAAGCAAAUAAUACAUCAAAAAAUGUGUGAUGUGAUACGCAGUACUGUUGUUCAAAUCAACGCCGCCUUAUCAACGCUUUCUACACAAAUUAAAUUAUACGAGAAUUUCUAUAUGAGAUAUUCAUGCUUGCAGACACCUGUAGUGACGGGGAAAUACAUUGAAUAUGAAAUGGUAUUUGAUGUAACUUACGGACAACGCAAUUGUAUGUUACCAAUGCAACAAAUGGAUGACCAAAUUGAUUCAAAGAAACGAAUGGCACAUAUUUGGUUAUCAGAAUAUGUACCAAAUUGUUUGCUACAAACUGUAUAUAAUAAUGCAAAUUUAACAUUUGCUAUAACAUCAAAUACCAGCUCUGGUCGAUUUGCAACUUUUCUGAGAACUGACUGUGAACUUUUUGAAAUAUGUAUUGGAAAAUUCCUUCCAAUUUUACGUCUUCGAUAUCCCAAUCGAAUAACCUAUUUUUUAAUUCAAUUAGCUGAAACACCGUAUACUGUUAUUAAUGCAAAUGGCAUACGAAUAUUUGCAAAUUCUACGGUAGAUUUAUAUUUAUCAUCAGAGAAGGAGCAAUCGUAUAGAUUAGCAAGACUUGUGAUGAAUUCAACAAUCUAUGCGAUACCAUUGUUCUUACAUAGGAAACUUGUGGGUGAUAUUAGUAAUGUUACGAUAAUACUACUUGAACACGAUUCAACUGUUGGACAUUUCAAUCCUCAGAUGCUCGAAGUGUUAGAAAAACUAAUGGCAAAAAUUGUGAAAUCAAUUGGAGUAAUAGCACUUAAAAUUGGUAUACCAAUGCCUCUCAUAGAUAAUGUGACGGUAUCGGAUGAUACCGAUAUUGUUACCAAAAAUGGAUACAUUCGUGUUGAUUUUGAUUUCACUUAUAAAUAA